AUGUGCAGACCAGGCUGCUAGUAGCGAGGAGAAGCGCCACGGAGACUGCCCUCCCCAGCCGAAGCCCCAGACAGCCGUCUGCCAUGUGGACUUUUCUAGGGAUUGCCACUUUCACCUAUUUUUAUAAGAAAUGUGGGGACUUUCUAACUUAUGCCAACAAGGAGUUGUUCUUGUGUGUGCUAGUGUUUUUUUCUUUGGGUAUGGUGCUGUCUUACCGAUACCAUUAUCGGAAUGGAGGACUCCAUAGGCACCAGCCAAAAAAGUCUCAAUUUGGGCUCUUCUCUGACAUUCUUUCGUCUUUGCCAUUUGUUGGCUUUUUCUGGACAAAAUCGCCAUCAGGUUCCGCACAGAAGGAGCAACUAAAAUCCAGGAAGGGCAAAAAGGAAGUGGAUGCUCCAGAGUCAACUCUACAAGGAACAGUUGUAUCUGCAUUAGUGACUUCUGAGUGUGACCCAGAAGUUAUUAUUGUAGGAUCAGGUGUACUUGGGUCUACUUUAGCUACAGUACUUGCCAGAGAUGGAAGAAAGGUGACAGUAAUUGAGAGAGAUUUAAAAGAACCUGACAGGAUACUUGGAGAGUUGUUACAGCCAGGAGGCUUUUGUGCUCUUAAAGACCUGGGUCUUGAAGGUGCAGUGGAAGGUCUUGAUGCCCACGUUAUUCAUGGCUAUGUGGUCCAUAACCAGGGGUGCACGGAAGAAGUUGAAGUCCCAUUCCCAUGUACGGCAAGCAGCCAGGUGCUGAGCGGCCGAGCGUUCCAUCAUGGACGGUUCAUUGUGAAUCUCCGAAAGGCAGCUAUGGCAGAGCCAAAUACAAAGUACAUUGAAGGAGUUGUGUUGAAAUUGUUAGAGGAAGAUGAUGUUGUGAUGGGAGUUCAGUACAGAGAAAAAGAAACUGGAAAUAUCAAGGAGCUCCGUGCACCAUUGACAGUUGUUGCAGAUGGGCUUUUCUCCAAGUUCAGGAAAAACCUGGUCACCAGUACAGUGUCUGUCACAUCCCAUUUUGUUGGCUUCCUUAUGAAGGAUGUGCCACAAUUUAAAGCAAACCAUGCUGAACUCAUUUUAGCAGACCCUGGUCCAAUUCUUAUCUAUCAGAUUUCCUCUCAGGAAACUCGGGUUCUCGUUGAUAUUCGUGGAGAAUUGCCAAGAGACUUAAGAGAUUAUAUGGUAGAGAACAUUUAUCCACAGUUACCUGAUCAUAUAAAAGAACCUUUCCUAGAGGGAAUUCAGAAUGAUCGUUUAAGGUCUAUGCCCGCAAGUUUCCUUCCUCCUUCACCAGUAAAUAAAAGAGGUGUUCUAAUUUUGGGAGAUGCCUAUAACAUCCGACAUCCUCUUACUGGUGGGGGAAUGAGUGUUGUUUUCAAUGACAUAAAAAUAUGGAGGAGCCUGCUAAAGAGCAUUCCUGACCUCUGUGAUGAGAGAGCACUUCUGCAGGCCCAAGAUUCAUUCUAUCAGUCAAGAAGAAAGUCCCAUUCAUUUGUUGUGAAUGUUCUUGCUCAGGCUCUGUAUGAAUUGUUUUCUGGCACAGAUGAGACCCUGCAUCAGUUAAGAAGAGCAUGUUUCUGUUACUUCAAGCUUGGAGGACGAUGUAUUGCUGGUCCUGUUGGGUUGCUCUCUGUAUUGUCGCCUAAUCCCAUGACUCUACUUGGACAUUUUUUUGCAGUAGCUUUGUAUGCUGUUUACUUUUGUUUUAAGACAGAACCCUGGAUUACAAAACCACGAGCCUUUUUCAGCAGUGGUGCUGUCUUUUACAAGGCUUGCUCUGUUAUAUUUCCUCUCAUUUAUUCAGAAAUGAAAUACUUACGUUAAACUUAAGGGAAGCCCAUUGGAGAAUGAGUACAUGGAAUUCAUCAGGCCUUAAGAGACUUUGGGAGGACUUGUACUGCUGAAUGCUAUACUAACACACAGACACAUGGGCAAGAUGGGGAUUAAUUUGUUUUUGACCUUCUAUGUGUGUAAACAGUUGUAAAUAAAUGUUUUGCUUUUGGAAUUAAAAUGAAGACUGUUAGAUAUCUAAAGAGAAAUGGUUGUUAAAUCACAAAUCAGUUUUAAGUCCUGAUAGCGAAAACAUGUUUUCUUUUGGGAUCCAUUAUGUUUAGUAUGUGAAAACUAUGCAAAUAAACUAAAUGAUGAUUGAAA